AUGACACCAAACCAACUCACCCUCCUCGCUGCAGUUUUCACCCUCUACCUAGCGCUAGUCCGAUACCCACGCUACGCCCGCCGCGAUGCCAUCAACAACCGCUUCACCAACCGCCCUCUCUCCAGCAUGACAAUCCCCGAAGCGCACGAAAUCAUCCGCGAACUCCGCGAGCUCGAAUUCCCAUACACAAUGCACACAGCCAUGAAGAUCUCCCUACUCAAAACCGGCUCCAUCCCCACCAUGACGAAACUUUUCCAGGCAACCGGGCAACUCAACGCCCGCAACGCGUCCAAACGCGCCGCCGACACCGAGAUCCUGCUCUCGGAGGUGCACGACCGACUGCCAGGCUCGGAUCCGCACCUGCUGAGCAUCGCGCGCAUGAACUACCUGCACGCGCGGUACCGACAGGCCGGCAAGAUCCUGGACGCGGAUAUGCUGCACACGCUUGGGUCUGCGGUCGUUGAUAUCGUGCGGGGCGUGCAGCGUUCCGAGUGGCGGGGUUUGUCGGGGGUGGAGAAGUGUGCGAUUGGGGUUUUUCAUAGGGCGUUGGGGGAGGCGUUGGGGAUUGGGUUUGGUGAGUUGCCCGGGGCAGGGAAAGAGGGGGGGUGGGAUGAUGGGGGGGUGUUUGUGGAUGAGAUUUGUGAGUGGACGAUGGGGUAUGAGAGGGAGGUUGCGAAGGUGACGGAGUCGAAUCGGGUGAUUGGGAGGCGGUUUAUGGAUCUGGCGACGGUGAAUGUGCCGAGGGGGCUGAGGGGGGUGGUGGAGGGGGUGGUGGUGAUGAGGUUGGAUGAGCAUAUUAGGUUGAGUAUGGGGUUCGAGAAACCGAAUCCGGUCCUGGUGACUCUGGUGCAUGGCAUCAUGGCACUCCGCAAACGAAUCCUGCGGUACCUGAGUCUCCCUCGGCCUGGGUUUAUGCGCGUACAAGUGCUCGAUGACGAGCCGGACAAGGCCACGGGGCUGUAUAGGACGAGUCUGUGGAUCGCGCAUCCGUGGUACGUGCAGCCUACGUUUAUGCGUCGGUGGGGACCAAAGGCGUGGUUUGUCCGGCUGUUUGGCAGCGGGGCGGUGCCCACGCCGGAGGGCAAAUAUCGCGAGAGUGGAUACGAUCUGUGGACGAUUGGACCGGCAGCGCAGGAGAAGAGAGGGAGGGAGGAUAUGGAGGCGCUGUUUGAGGGAUUGAAGCAGAGUGGAUAUACCCAAUGUCCGUUCCACGGUUAG